GAUUUCUUUAUGGAUCAAGUAAUUUUUCUCCUGCUUUUGUUAAAAUAUGUAUUUCAGGUAAGAAAACAAUUCUCUUUUUUGAAGGUAGCUAAUUGGAUGAUGAUUUGGAUUGCUAUCUUGUCAUUCUGACAAUCAAAGGGAGCUCUCAUUUAUUGUUGCUGAAUAUUUCCAGCCUACUUUCUUCCCAAUUUGUUGGAAGUUCUUUUGGAAGCCUUAAUCUGCUCUGCUGUCUGCUGCUUCUGGCGUAACAUUGAUCCCCAGAAGAAGUAACAGGUCCCAGCAUCUUCAAGUCCUUAACUAACUCAUGCUGCUUUAUAACCUUUUGGACACUGUGAUGCUGGAAAUUCAGGAUAGUUCUGGUACACAGGGUUAUGCUCUGUCCACUGCUUUAAGAAACAUUAAUAUAAGAACUGCAUAUGGCUCAGAGAGUCUAGACUGUGAUCAAGUGAAAAAGCCUGCUAGAGUGGCUUUGAUGGAGUGGACUGAAUUUCCCAAAGGAGAAGAUCCGGACUAUUAUAUUGUAACCUAUCAGCUCACAGAUGCUUUCAGUCAAAAAAAUGUAAGAAACAUUUCUAAACUUGAACAAAAGCCAGUCAGUACUACAAUUCUGCUGGAGGAAAACAAGACAUAUGAUGUUACAAUAGAAUCUCUAAAAAAUGGACAUAUCCUAGGUGUAAAGUCAUUUAACACACGUGGAAUUUCAGAAAAAGAUAUCAAAACAUUUGUGACAGCUACCACUGUGUCUUUUAAUUGCAGUGCAAUGACCAAAGAUUUUUCAGUGUCAGUUUCACUGAAUGAUACUUCUCGUUUAAUACAAAAAAACAAUGGAUUCUUUGUAAGGAGUGAUUUGAUACCUGCAACUUUAUAUACAUUUGAGUUUAUAUUUCACCAAUUACAUCUUGAAUUUAUAAAUGUGUCUCAAUCACUGGAUGUUCAAGCUGAAACAGGCACCUGUUCCCAGGGGUGGCUGGCAUUCCAAAGCAGCUGCUAUAGAAUGAGUAAGGAGAGUAAGCCAUGGAAGAUGGCACAACAAAUCUGUGAAAUGUCUUCACAAGGGGCACAUCUUGUAGACAUAGGGAGUGAAGAAGAACGUGGUUUUAUUUUAUCUUAUCUUAAGACAAUGAGUCAAAUAGUCAUGUUAUGGACAGGUCUUAAUGACCUAAAGGACGAAGGUCAGCUGUUAUGGACAGAUGGAUCUCCUUAUUUUCUAAAGGCUGGUAUCUCAUCUUUGUCGAUGAUACCAGAAAAUGAAACGGAUUGUUAUGCUCUUCAGAGAGAUCACAGUGGCCCAGACUAUUUCUUCACAGGAUUUUUCUGCUACAUACAGCUACCAUAUAUUUGUGAAUAUGAAUUACCCCUCGUACCAGAAAACUUCACAUUUAGUGUGCACGAUGUCAAGACAACUGAAGCUGUGUUUAUAUGGAGUGAUACGGACAUCUGGCUUAAGUCAGGCUUUGCACUCAUAAUUAAGUACUAUUUUGAUCAUAUGAAACCAUACAUUCUGAGCUUGCCUGUGAAUACAACACAGACAAAAAUCGUGCAGUUGUCUCCUGGCCUUUGCUACAGGGUUUUACUAGCAGCAAGGAACCCAAAUGGGGCACAGACUGUCUUAAGUCCAAUUCUGAAGGUAGAAACAAGGCCAUUGCACUCCCAGAAGUUAGAGACUACGUAUGUUUCAUCUGCAGAAAUACAUUUAAAGUGGAAGCCUCCACAGCAUUCAUCCAGUGCUUAUUUUCAUUAUUACCUUAUUAACGUUUUGGAUACUGAAACCAAUGUCUGGGAACAGUUACUAGUUGAAAAAAGCAAGACUUCAAUAGUUAUAGGAAAUGUAAAACCUUAUCAUCAGUAUCAGAUACAUUUACAGAACGUAGCAGAGAAGGGAACUCUAAGCUGUCACGAAAAGCCUAUAUUAAUCACAACAGCUGUCAGUCCACCUAUAGCUGUUUUUAUUUACCCUGAGGAUGUACAAGAAGAGAGUGUAAUUCUUCACUGGAAGCUGUUGCAAGAGUGUCAGGGAUCCUACAUUCAGGUGAAACCUAGUGCAGACAUCGGUGAAACUAUGAAGUUUUUUGUAAACAAUACAGAAGAAUUUAAGAUUGAUCAUCUAAUACCUGGAAUGUCUUAUGAAAUAGCAGUGGCAAGUGUGAAUAAUGGAAAUAUGAGUGAACUGAAGACUAUUCAAUGCACUUUAAAGCCAAAGCCAGUUCAAAUUGUAGUUCCUUAUGUGCUUUAUAGCAAUGCUGUGGUAUUAUUUGUACGCAUGCCUGAUAUUGGAGUAUUUGAUGGCAUAUAUGUUACAACUAAUGGAGGGCCUAAUGCAACGUUCAUUUUGAAACGUGAUGGUAAAAUAACAAUUGAAAACCUUACUCCAGGAACAGAAUAUGAUUUCUGUGUCUCCACAAAAAGUGGAAAAAUGUUGAGCUCCUUUUACCAUGUAACUGGUGUAAAAACAUGUCUGGCAGCUCCACUCAAUGUACGAGAAGGUAAUGUUACAGACACUUCAAUAGAAAUUGCUUGGGACCGUGCUGAUGGAGAUUUUCAGCAAUAUGAAGUCACAUGUACAAAUUGUGCAAGUGCUUUCAGGGUCCAGAAGGUCAGGCAAGAAACAGCAACAUUUUCCGACCUUAUUCCUGGUAAGCUGUACAAUUUUACAAUUCGAACAGAAAAGGAAGGUUUCAGAGACAGCAUUUUUGUCACAAAGGAAAUAGAAACAGUACCAAAUGCAGUUAAAUAUCUGAACUAUAGCAGAGACUCUGAAUCAAUAACUGUUACUUGGCCACCAGCCCAAAACAGAUUUGAUGGAUAUGUUCUUUCAAUAAACAGCAAGAUCUUCAACAAAGAGAAAAUGUUAUCUUCUGGUGUAAGAAUGUACAAAUUUGAGAGUCUUCAGCCAGGCACUGAUUUCUUAAUCAGUAUUGUGACAACCAAUGGACUAAAAAGAAGUCGUCCCACCAUCCUCAAGAUUAGCACCUAUCCUGAUCCACCAUCAGAUUUACAGGUGUUUGGGCAAGAAGAAAAUACAGUCUAUUUGUCUUGGAAACUGCCAAGAGGAGGAUUUGAUAUGUUUCAGGUUUCAUAUUGUCUGAUGAAUAAUGAAAAGUUGCUUACUACCACUGUUUAUGAUAGCAGAGCUGUAGUGAAAAAUCUGUCCCCUGGGAUGGAAUACUUGUUUCAGUUAAGGACAGUUAAAGGCUUGGAUUUGUCUGUGGCUGUGGAGAGAAGUGUCAUCACAAAACCAGCUGGGAUCUGCGGUCUCACAUUAAAAAUGGUAAAUACUUCAUCUGCAACUUUAAUGUGGAAUCCAACCAAGACUAACUUCACUUCUUAUAAAGCAUCAUUAUCAAACAACACCUUUAUAAACAAAUUUAGGAUUCCAGCAGCAGUGUCUAACUUCAGUGUUACAAAUCUGACUCCUGGUGGCAUUUAUAAUUUCACUCUGCGAAGACUACAAGGCAAUAUUGAAGGAGCUUCUGCUUUCAUUGAAAUUGUAACAGGUCUUCAUCCUGUGAAGAGUUAUAUACAAGGUGAAUUCUACUUCAUCUGAUUUCAGUAGUUUUUUUGCUGUAAGUUAAGUAAAGUAGGUAUACAAAUGUUUGUAGAGUUAAGGCUUUAGAUUGUAAACAGUUCAAUUCAAUGACUGUUUCUUACCAGAACUGUGAUUAAAGCACCAGGCUAAAAACUCAAUCUUGA